AAAUAAUCAUAAUCAUAUUAAUAAAUAAGUAGCCAUGCCAAGUGUCAAACAUAUCUAUAUAUUACAGUUAGACCACUCACCAAGUGUACGUCAACCAUGGACACAAUGGAUUUUCAACAAGAGACUCUCGUGCACAUUAAUGACUUUGUUGAAGAUCCCAACUUAGAUCAGUUCAUCAAUUUGAUUCGUUGGGAGCAUAAAGAUGCUAUCUGUAACUUCAAUUCUGAGCUUAUCAAUGAAGCAUUCAUUGAUAACUCAUUCCUGUCACACCCUGCAAUCCCAUUUGAUCAGUGCAAUGGUAAUUCUGUGAAUGUUUAUGAUCCAAUUAGCUCUACACAUAGCUCCUUCUCUUGUUUUGAUGGGGAAGCCAAGGAAGAAGAAGGAGGAGGAGAAGAAGAAGAUAACAUGGGGGAUACUUCUGCUGCUACAACAACAAGAACUAAAAGUCUUAAUAAUAAGCCAAUACCAAAAACUGAUAGGUCCAAGACUUUGGCUUCUGAGAGGAGGAGAAGAGAACGAAUGAAGGAGAAGCUUUAUACAUUGCGGUCUUUGGUUCCCAACAUAACUAAGAUGGAUAAGGCUUCUAUCAUUGGAGAUGCUGUUUCAUAUAUGCAUGAACUUCAAGCACAAGCCAGCAUGCUGAAGGCUGAGGUUGAAGGACUUGAAACAUCCUCAUUGAAUUCCAAAAAUUACCAAGGAUUGAUUGAAAACCCCAUGAGGGUUCAAUUGAUCACCAACAAGAAGAUAAUCCAGAUGGACAUGUUUCAAGUGGAUGAAAAAGGGUUUCAUGUGAAAAUAAUGUGCAAUAAAGGAGAAGGUGUGGCUGCCUCAUUGUACAAGUCUCUCGAGUCUCUGACAGGCUUCAAUGUUCAGAAUUCAAACUUGACCACAAUUUCUGAUCGCAGUUUUCUACUUACAUUUUCAUUGAAUGCGAAAGGCCCUGAGCCAGAAAUUAACCUGCCCAACUUGAAGUUAUGGGUGACUGAAGCUUUUGUGAAACAAGGCUUUGAAUUCAUACCUUUUUUUUAUGCUUGACUCUUUCAAUCUAGGUGUAACUAAUUAAGGUUUGCGUUAGAGAGUCAGUGUAUGUUUGAAUAAAAGUUUGUGAAGUUAAGUUUGUAAACCUAGUUAGCUCAAGUUUUGUUUUUACAAAGUUGAGUUUCUUGACAAAAAUUUGAUGUGCUAAUGUAUUUUUUGGAGGUAAUCAAAAUGUCAGUAAUUAAAAUGAGUUUACUUUUUAAACUGA